AACAAUCAACCGCGCGACUCGGAGCAAUACAAUCGAUCAGCAAAUAAAUACAAAAACGACACAUAUUUUUACUAAGUGUUAUACAUUUAAUUGUUGUGCUCUUUUUUUAUACUCCUCUUUUGCGAUAUGAGUGGAGUGCUGCGACGCGGUUCCCUGAAUUUCGAUUGCACUGGCGGCAGCUCGCGGGGCAGCCUUGAUUCGAACCUUUAUGGCGGCUACCGCGAGACAAAGCCAGUGCCAGGCACACCGGAAAUAAGUGUAAUUGCCAUGGACUUUCGUCGCCAUUCGGAUGACCUGAAGAAGGUUGGCUUCGUGGCUGGGGCUGCACCCACGCCUAGCACCGUCAAGGAUCUUAGCCAGGACGUCGAUAGCGAUGUUUUAUCAAAUUUCUUGGGCCAUUAUCGUAAAUGGAGCUUCAUGUGGACAUUUCUAUUGUGCUUGUUCCAGAUACCCACCACAUUUCAUUUGUUUAUGUUUGUUAUGCAAACGGUUGAAGCAAAUACGGGCGAAUUGUCGCCAAUGUUGCUGGCCACGCCCAUAAGCGACGACCAGUUGGAGCUACUCCAAAUGAAGACUCUGCAAGGGCUGUUGGGCUCGGCAAGUCGCUGGCAGUGCAUGUGGUGUGCCAUUCUCUCUAUCCACCAGGCCAUUUGUACGUUCCACAUAUUCGUGUAUGUGUUUCAGACCGCUCCAAAGGACUUUUGGUGUGCCCGACCAAAAAAUCUGCUCGAACUGGGCGUCACGGAAUGGCGUAACCUCAGCCAGAGCUCCAAUGGCUGUCACUUGCGAGAUAUCGAUUACAGCCAGGUGAUCGUGGAGAAUGGCCAGCUGAUCAAUUGGCCCAGCAAUGUCAGCGAUGUGGGCUAUAGACAGUGUCAGCAAUUUGAGUUCUCUGAUAUUGAUGGCAACGCUAAAACGCUGGUGCAGGAGUUUGGUCUGGUUUGUGGAAACAACAUAUCAAACUAUGUGGAAAUGUGUUUUCUGAUGGGCGCAGCAGCUGGUGCGGUCCUCUCGGGCUGGAUCUCGGACCGUUUUGGCCGCCGACACACAUUGAUGAGCUUUGUGUUCAUACAAACUGUUUUCGGUGGAAUUUUGGCCUUCUCAACAUCGGUGGCCAUGUUCAUGUCGCUACGUGUUAUAAUUGGAUUCGCAUCAAUGACCGUGACUGUUGUUAGCUUCGUGUUGGUCGUCGAGUUGGUAUCCGGCAAAUGGCGCACAGUAAUCGGUAUAUUAAACAUUUUACCAGUCGCCAUCUCUUAUGUCCUAUCGUCUGGCAUUGCCUAUCUCAUCCGAGACUGGCGCACUCUGCAGCUGGUCAUAUCCUGGCCAUGGCUGGCCUUGUUGUCCAUUUGGUACUGGCUGCCGGAAUCUCCACGCUGGCUCUUGGCACAGGGUCGCCUCGAGGAGCUAGGUCGUCUGCUUGAAGGCGCGGCUAAGAUGAAUGGCACAACGCUGCCCAGCAACUAUCAAAAGACGCUUGAAGCCGCCGCCCCAAUGGCUGCCCAGCCCAAGGAGCCAUCCCAGACAGAUGUAGUCAACGCGCCCGUUGAGGAGGGCAAGGCCCAAAUGGAUUCACACAAUAUGGAUCUGCAUGUGAAUCCACUGUUUGUUGUCUUUGGCAGCAAGUACUGGCGCACCACAGUCCUUACCCUGAUUAUUUGGCUCACCCUUAUCAUCAUCUAUUUCGGACUGACCCUGCAUCUGAGCAAUUUAGGUGGCAAUAUAUACAUUAACAGCGCUGUGGCCGGAAGCGUGGAGGCAAUUUCCAUAUGUAUUAGCAUUUUCAUAGUUCUGAAAGCGGGCAUUAGACGCAGCCUUCUGGGCUACAUGCUGUUGCCGGGCCUCUGCUGUCUGGCCACCAAUUUAGUGCCCCAGGGCGGGGAUAAUCAGACAGGCGUCAUUGCAUUGGCCAUUAUAGCAAAGUGUUUGAUAGGCGCAAAUAAUGCCAUUAUACCCACCUACACGGCUAUGCAGUACCCGACUAUUGUGCGUAACUUUGGCGUCGGAAUGGGAAAUUUGGCGUCAGGCAUUGGGCUCAUACUGGUUCCGUCCUUGUGGCAGCUGGAACGUUAUGACGCUCUGCUACCUCUUAAUAUCAUGGGAGUUUGUGGCUUGAUUGGCGCUGUUGCAUUAACUCUGAUGAAGGACGUCGAAUAGUUAAUCUCUUUGUAUAUUUAUUUGAUGUGAAUUCUAUCUGUGAUAUAUUGGAAAUAUCGGUCAAUGGGCAUACACAAAAUCAUUCUUCUCAGCCUUUGUUGAGCAUUCCUUGUUUUUUAUUCGC